GCAGAGCGCGUGCAGGGACCAUCAGCACCGACCCUCCUCUUUUAGCAAGAAACUGAUGAAUGAGUGGAAGCGACCGGGCCUGCCUUGCAUCUCAUUACCACUUCACAAAUAUUAGCUUUUUCUCUCGGAGGGACUCCGCGCAGACACGGAAGGUGUGCAGUGCGGCCAUGCUGAGGUAGCAGCAGCCUGCAGGUCAGGAUGUCUGCUGAAGAAGAGGAGCGGCUGAAUGGGAGGAAGAGGGAGAUGGAGGUCUGCUACAUCACUGAUGGAGACGAUGACAACGACGGAGAUGAUGAAGAUGAGUGGAUACCUGACCAGUCCCACAGAGCCCCCUUCACCUUGGAGAAUGAGGCUCAGGGAGGCGACUCGGCCGCGUGGCAGUGUACCCCUCCCCCAUCUACCUCACCUGCAGGGGAGACACCGGCCCACCCUCCCACUGUGUCCAGACCCCGCUCCAGGCCGGCCAGCCGAAGCCCCUCCUCUCCCUCCGCCCUGACAGGAACCAAGAAGAGAAACUCCAAACCGGCACACAUGAGGCGCAACAUCAGGAAGUUACUGAGGGAGCAUCAGUUAGAGGCAGUUACAAAAAGCGCCCAGCAGGAUGAGUUGGAGAGGAGGAGACGCCUGGAGCAGCAGAGCAAACAGGAUUUCCCCGUACCACUGCUGCCUGAAUACUCUACUGGUGAUGUGACAAAGCAUGUGUCGUCAUCGUCGGCAUCAACAGUGUUGAAGGAAGUGAAGUCUGUCAGACCUGAAGCGAUCUGCCUGGACUCAAGCAGCACCGGCAUCAGCGAAGACGACAGCAAGACCAACGUAUCAGCCUCUGCUGCCACCGAGCGCAGACAUAAAACAGAUGUGAUCGAUCUCAGCUCGGGGGAAGACGACACCAUUGUCCACGUCAGCAGCGAAUCCCCCAUCGAGGAGGAAGACAGCGAGCCGAGCGGAGCUCACGUCAUUGAUGCCCUCAACCGGCCGGACAGCCGGGGCAGGGUGCUGGUCAACCUGAACCAUCCGGACGUGGAGACGGACAUCUUCCUGUCUCCUCAGCUGGCACGAGCUGUCAAACCUCACCAGAUCGGUGGAAUCCGCUUCCUGUACGACAACCUGGUGGAGUCGGUGGAGCGGUUCGGCAGCACCGGCGGGUUCGGCUGCAUCCUGGCUCACAGCAUGGGCCUGGGCAAAACCCUGCAGGUCAUCGCCUUCAUCGAUGUCCUGUUCAGGCACACCCAGGCUCACACCGUGCUCGCCAUCGUACCUGUAAACACGCUGCAGAACUGGCUGGCAGAGUUCAACAUGUGGGUCCCGCCCCCAGAGGCUUUACCUCGAGAUAGCGACCCGGGAUUGGUGACGCCGCGUGCCUUUAAGGUUCACAUCCUCAACGACGAACACAAGAACACAGCGAUCAGGGCCAAGGUGGUGGAGGACUGGGCUCAGGACGGAGGGGUGCUGCUGAUGGGCUACGAGAUGUACCGCCUCCUGUCGACGAAGAAGAGCUUUGUGGCUGGGAGGAAGAAGAAGAGCAAGAAAACAACGGGACCGGUGGUCAUCAACCUGGACGAAGAGGACAGGCAGCAGGAACUGCUCAAAGGUAUCGAGCAGGCGCUGGCCCGGCCUGGUCCAGACCUUGUGAUCUGUGACGAAGGCCAUCGCAUCAAGAACUGCCACGCCAGCACUUCACAGGCUCUGAAGAACAUCCAGACGCUGCGCCGCGUGGUGCUGACCGGCUACCCGCUCCAGAACAACCUGAUCGAGUACUGGUGCAUGGUCGACUUCGUCAGACCCGACUUCUUAGGUACGCGGCAGGAGUUCAGUAACAUGUUUGAACGUCCCAUUCUGAACGGGCAGUGUGUGGACAGCACCCCUCAGGACGACCAGCUGAUGAGGUACAGGACCCACGUCCUGCACAGCCUGCUGGAGGGCUUCGUACAGAGGCGGGGUCACGACAUCCUGAAGGACCAGCUGCCCUCCAAAGAGGAACAUGUGAUCCUGGUGCGUCUGUCUCCCCUGCAGAGGGCGCUCUACACAGAGUUCAUGAACCGCUUCAGAGAGGCAGGCAACAGCGGCUGGCUCAGCCUCAACCCCCUGAAGGCGUUCGCCGUCUGCUGCAAGAUUUGGAACCAUCCUGACGUGCUGUACGAGGCGUUACAGAAAGAAAACCUGGCCACUGACCAGGACCUGGACCUGGAUGACAUCACCACCACAGGUCCCUCCCAAUGUACGACCGCAAGUAAUCAAAAGUCCAAGCCCCUGGAGAGCCCCAACCCCAUUGGUGGACUGAGCCUCAACCAGCUGCAGGAGAGGGCCAAUCAGGUCAUCACUUACGAAUGGGCAAAGGAGAUCCUGUAUGACUACAAGCCUGGCAUCCUGGAGAACUCUGCCAAAAUGGUGCUGCUGUUCCAUCUGAUCGAGGAGAGCGUCAGGAAGGGAGACAAAAUCCUCGUCUUCAGUCAGAGUCUGUUCACGCUGACGGUGAUUGAGGAUUUCCUGGCUAAGAGACCUGUGCCUCCUUCACCCAACACCUCCAGCAGAGACAGACCAAACCAGAACUGGGUCCGCAACCACAACUACUACAGACUGGAUGGAAGUACGGCGGCCUCAGAGAGAGAGAGACUUAUAAACCAGUUCAACGAUCCGGCCAACACCUCAGCGUGGGUCUUCCUGCUGUCCACCAGGGCUGGUUGCCUGGGUGUGAACCUGAUUGGGGCGAACCGGGUGGUGGUGUUCGAUGCCUCCUGGAACCCCUGCCACGACGCCCAGGCCGUGUGCCGCGUCUACCGCUACGGUCAGAGGAAGCAGUGCCACAUCUACCGGCUGGUGUGCGACUUCACGCUGGAGAAGAAGAUCUACGACCGCCAGAUCUCCAAGCAGGGCAUGUCAGACCGGGUGGUGGAUGACCUGAACCCUGUGCUGACCUUCACCAGGAGGGAAGUGGAGUCUCUUCUUCACUUCGUGGAGGAGGAGCCGGACCCCUCCCAGGUCCAGCUGCGGCCCGAGGACAGCAUGGAGAGCGUGCUGAGGAAGGCUCUGCACCUCUAUCCUCGCCAGAUUACUAAGCAACCCUUCCCCCACGAGUCCCUGCUGAUAGACCGCAGAGAGCUGAGGCUGAACAAGGCUGAGAAGAAAGCGGCGAAGAAAGGAUACGAAGAGGAGAAGAGGGCGUCCGUGCCGUACACCCGCCCGUCCUACGCUCACUACUACCCUGCCAGCGACCAGAGCCUCACCAACAUCCCCGCCUUCAGUCAGAGGAACUGGCGUGCACCUACUCGUACUGAAGAGAAGUCGGUGGCCAGUGUCCGUCCGGUCCAGUCGACUCCAGUUCCCAUGACUCCCAGACAGGCGUCUGCAGGCUCCGCCCCUGGCAACGACUCAUCAGAGUCCAGCCUCGGAGAAUUUCCUGUCAAGUGCCUGCAAAAAGCCGGGGUGUUCGUACAGAAGAUCGUCACCACUACUGACAUAGUGAUUCCAGGAACCAACAGCUCAACAGAUGUCCAGGCCAGGAUCACUGCUGGAGAGAGCAUCCACAUCAUCAGGGGCACCAAAGGGACUUACAUCAGGUCGUCUGAUGGUCGAAUCUUUGCCAUCAGAGCAGCUAGCAAGCCCAAGCCUGAAGAAGAGAGUACAGCGCCACCCAAAGACUCCCAGGCCCUACCACAGGAAAUGUCAACCGAUGGCAGCAACGGGAAGCAGCAGACGCCCUCCAAGACUGUGCCCCGCCCCCUCUCCCCGGACAGCCCAGAGAUCAUCAGCGAGUUGCAGCGCUACACGGGAGCCGCCCCCCCCGCAGCCCAACCAGAGAGCCCCCCCACCAACCUGCCCUGCACCAAACUACUUCAGACCAAUGGCAGCACAGGGAAAACUCACCACCAUGACGCCUCUGUGACUAAUGUCAUCCAGCCCAACAUGGACGCCAUUGACCUGAGACAGGGCGUCAAGCGCAAAGCCUGCACCCCGUCCCUGGAGGAGCUUCCCAGUAAGCAGCCCCACACGGGCAAACACUCCUCCGCCCCUCUGGCCAGCCCAGGCUUCUCCUUCCCCUUCAAUGGGGGCUACAGCCUCCCUCCUCUGGGUAUCAACACCUCUAUGUUCUCGCCUUACUUCCAGCCCCCUCACACCCAGCUGAGGGACCCCGGUUACAUGUACCCAGAUCUGUUCAGCUUAGGUGGAACCGGCACCGCUUCCUCCUCCUGCCCGACGACCAACACCGCAACCUCCGUCUCAUCUUCCUCGUCAUCCUCUGCUUCAGUCAAAGGGGCCGGUUCGGUUCCAGGAGCCAUGCCGCCGUUCAUGCUGAGCCCCAGCAUGGUGGGCAUGGCCGGGAUGCUCCCCGCAGGCUUCCCUCUGUCCUACAGCCCCUCCCUGGCCAACCUCUACACGGGGUCCAUGCUGCCGGGGGGACUGCCGGGUCCUGCCGCCACUCCAGGUCCCGCCGGAGCCAGCUUCCUCUCCCAGUUCCCCUCCAAUGCCGCCUCCAGCUCCUCCUCCUCUUCUCCUUCCUCCUUCUCCCCCACGGGGGAGGGCCGCCGGGGUACGGUGCUGGUAGAUGGCAGGAACGUGAGCAGCGCCAGCAGCUCGGAUGAUGACGACGAUGUCAUCGAGGUGAGGGGACAGUGACAGACCAAUGAUUGAGCAUUAUUUAAAAAUUAUUGAAAUAAGAUCAAGUCCUCCGGGAGGAAGGUGUAAAAGGGCUUGUGCCGUGAGGGAAAUGGACAAAAAAUGAAAAUAAAUUGAAGUGAUGACAAAUGAGUGUUUCCCCUGUUUGCCUUGGAGAAAUGGCCUGAAGGGCUUGAACACAGAGCGACAAAUCUCAAUGCUGACUAUCGGAAGAUAAAACCUAAGGAAGAAAAUGAAAACCAAGAGGACUUUGGGCUUCCAAGUUUUGUCCAUUACUGGCAUUUAAAACAAAUCACUGGACUGAACUGCUGAUUGUGGGCCUGCAGUAGGUGUAGUGUUGACUUUAGAGAAUCUAGUUCUGCAGCUUUGCUAAAUGUCGAAACUCUUUCGCUUUUUUCAGCUUGUUAAAAAGAUGAUGGUAGGAUGCAGUUGCUUACGUAAAAAAAAGGUUUGAUUAUUGGUAGUAACGUUCGUUAAAUAUCAGUAACUUGGUAGUGUCUGUUUCAGUUGUUGAAUAUUGCUACUGAAUAUUUCUUCAAAAGGUAAAAAGAUCACAUAAAUGUAAAGAGCAUUUUUGAUUGAAUUGAAUAAUUCACUGCCAGGACAAGGGUAUUGUACAGUUGAAAAAAAGAAAAGAAACGAGAGCAUCUUGAAGUAUCAAAAAGGCUUGUUGAGGAUGAGGUGGGAGACAUUUACUGAAACCUUAAAACUCGAUUGAACGAAUGUAUGCUAAAUCAAAUGCCUUCAAACCAGGCCUUUUUUUGAAAAGUCUCCUAUUUAGGCUUUAGACGUGGGAAGAUCUGAUUUUCUUUUUUAUGUUGAUGUAAUCUCUUAUACUUUUUAGAGAAAAACAUUGCCUAAAAACAGCCAGGUGAAAAUACGGGGGGGGGAAAUAACUGUGUUGUUGUGAGGUGUCCUCCUCGUAGCGGAGAAACCACCAACAGAAAAUGCCUUUCUGCCUCCAUCUUUCUGAAUGUUAACUACUGUGAGAAAGGAGAGGUGAAGAGAGCGGACGGCCACUGCGGCUCUCUGAAUCUCACCCACAGUCUUACUGUAGCCUAGCGCAAAGCGAUGCAAAACACUCACUCAAGCCUAUAAAUGUAUACGUACGAACCCCCCGAGGAAUUAACCCUGAGUUUUGGUUACGCUUGUGUCGUUACUGUGUUCGUAUCUGUGCGUUGUGUUCGGGUUACAAUAGGAAUAGUUUAAACAAAAUAGAAGCUUGUGUUACCUGUUCUUUCUGUCUCAUCUCAUUCAACAUUGUGAAACCAAACUUCUUUUUAUUUGUUGGGGGAGACGAUGUAGCUUUGCCAAAAACAAGAGCACAUCGGAGACCUCCGUCGAAGAGGAUUGUGUCUUAAAAGACCAAAUAAUGUCACCAACAGGAUUUAAAACGCCAACACGCUCUCUCUACAGCAUCCUCACGAAGCACAGUGGAGACGUCCAUAUCCAUCUCUCUCUAUGACCUUGCAGGUAACACUGUACACUGUACUGCACUGUUAUAGAGACACAAAUCUGUAUGCGUCUGUAGAAAAGCUGCGAAAGCUUCAGCAUGUGACCAAGUUCCCCCUAGAUUACCCAUGAAGCAUCUCUCUGAUCCCCUCUGAUCACACAAACGGAUCGGCUACGGUGUGCACUGUCCUUAAGUGGAAAAAUCUUCUCCUCAAAAACGGCUGCAGCGAAGAGCUUUAAAACCCACCAGCUCUUUUUGUGACAUCAUCAAGUAAAGACAUCAGCAUGUCAUCCUCUUUAUCUUCCAUGUUUUAGUUUACUUGUUUUUUUUUUGUGCUCUUUGAAUUAACCAAAUGUAUUUAUUUAUGAUGGUGCAUAUUUAUUCAUUUUUUGUACAUUGUUUUUUUGCUCUUCUUUAUCUUGUUUUUAAGAUUUUUACAGUCCUAUUACUUUUUGUUGUUACUACAGAUGGAAACACUUUGGUUUCUGGUCAUUUUUAUUUUUGUCUUUGGGUGUCAAUCUGCGAGUCUGACCCAGAACAUGUGAACUUGUGCAGAACUUGCGUGCGGACCAACCAAUAAGUGCAUUACUGUACGCAUUAUAGGUCGGGAUAACUGUGAUCAGAUCUUCAUUACGAUAAACCCAACAGAAGAACAUCAGGGAUACAUUAGUAUUACUAAGCUGUGUUAAAAACCUGUUUUUCUCGAUUCUAUGAGCUAAGAUUCUUCGUGAGAAUAUCAAGCUUCUCAACAAUUGGGGUACAAAUCUUAAAUAUUUAAUAUUAGGAGCCAUUUGUGCAUGUAAAUAAAGCUCAUUCACACGUUAUGGGUCAGAAACAGAAGCAGUCCAACCACUUAUCAUCUGAGAGGACAAGAAAAUAAUGAUAUCAGUUCAUUUUCUUUACUUUUUUUUGUACGGUCCAUUACUAUUAUCAUCAGAAAUGUCCAUGGUGACAUCCGAGGCGAGUUUCCUCCCUGUUGAACUGUUGUCAGCUCUGUGUCUGCCGCGCCGACUGACUGCUCUUUUAUUUUGCCGCUUUCUACUUGAAUUUACAUAUUUAUUUAUACAAAUCGAUUCGGUAAGACGAGUGGAGCCGACCGUCUGAAUUCCAUUUUAGCCGAGGAGAAGAUUAAAGCUGCUGUCUUUGAGGAUUGGCUCUAGUCAAAGCCUGUUGUGUCGUUUAUCAAUGGAUAAUGUGUAUGACCUUGGAUUACUUUUAGAUCCUUUUUUUGGUUUUUGAAGUUUGUAAAUAAAAAGAAACAUGUUCUAAAUAA